AUGAUACUUGUUUAUCUGCUGGUAACAUGCGGUUUGGCGUCAGCUGGAAAGAGUUGGUCUAACAGACAAGAUUACCAUCACCAUGACAACCACGUCCACGUGGACGGAAUCCAAAAAUCUCAUUUGCAGAGACUGGACGUGGUCUGCAGCAAAGAUCAUAUGACAGUCACCAUGGAAUUCGACAACCCUUUCUACGGAGUGGUCUUUUCUCAUCCUAGUGCUCACCAUGAGCGUUGCAUACACGUGGGACCACGAGCUGGUGUAAGAGAAGUCACCUUUCACAUCAAAUACGACAGCUGUGGAACAGUUGAAGAUUUGCGAGGACAGUUUCACGAGAAUACAAUUGUGAUUCAGUUCGGAGAAGACAUUUUAGAAGCUUGGGAUGAAGCAAAGCGACUCCGAUGUGAAUGGCUAGAAUCAUUCGAAAAACCUUCGUCAAAACCUACCCUUUCGAUAUCCGAAAUUGAUGUUGUGGAAUUAAAUUUCCAAGGUGAUGACAUAGAUUGUUGGAUGGAAAUUCAAGAAGGAAAAGGUCCCUGGGCUCGGCAAGUUGGUGGCUUGGUACCUAUUGGAAGCCCACUUACUCUCGUGAUUGCUAUUAACGACAACAGCCGAGAAUUCGACAUGAGGGUGAAAAAGUGCUCUGCAAGUGACGGAAAACAUCCUGAGAUUGAACUCACUGAUCACAACGGAUGUGUUUUGAGACCUUCUCUGCUCACGCCUUUCGCCAAAAUUAGAGAUUUUGGAGGAAAAGCAACUCUAGUGGCAUAUUCCCACAUAUAUGCUUUCAAGUUUCCAGACACUCUUGACGUGUUCGUCCACUGCAUUGUUGAGGUAUGUAGGCAUGGUUGUCAUGAUUCCUGUGGUGGUAAAACGUUGGAAGAUUACCGACCUCAUUCAGGUACUUACGACUCGUUAGAAUCCAAGAAAUUCCACAAGUUGGUCCAACUAGCAAAUUCGGAAACAUCCUCAGUUCAUCAGCUUCAAGCAUCUCACGUUCUUCAAGCUGCUGCUUCCAACAAAGCUGAAUCUUAUGUCCAACCGUUACCUGGCAGAGAAAGACACAUAAGUAAAAUAGCUUACCAAACUCAUUUCAAACCUAAUCAAACCGUAAGUAACCCUUCUACAGCAUUUACAAAAAGCACUGAAAGUACAUUCAGUAAACCUGUAGAUGCUUCGAAGUUUGUACCAUCUGAUUCUCAUAAGACAACACAUGACAAUCACGAGGAGAAAGAAGCAGUGCAAAUUGCUCCAAGCAACAUCCAUCUUUUGCUAGCUGAUGUUAAGCAUGGUGUACAGUCGGGUGAAAAAGUAACACCAUUUGUAAAUCCCUAUCAUCAUGAAGUCCACCAGACAAACUCCAAUGCUCAUAAAAUAAUUGGACAUGAUGCACAUUGGAAUGCUGAAGCAUUUGAUGUUCUUCUGAAAGAUAAAUCGAAGCAUGAAGUACCGGAUUUAUCAUUUGACGAACCUAAACCUGAGCCAGCUUUUUGGUCUGCGGAUGAAGUUAAACCUCUGAGCAAAGAAGAAGUUUUUCACAAAACUCGGAAUCCUCCUCAAAAAAAGGUAAUCCACACUAACCCUAAGCCAGAACCAAGCCCAUGGACAUUUGAAGAAGUGAAUCCCAUGCAUAGUCCACAUCAGUACAGACCAGCCUUGGAAAAGGAGCCACUAGAGGAGCCAAAACCUGAACCCGCUGCGUGGUCCUUAGAUGACGUAAAACCAUUAACAAAGGAAGAUCUGAAAGUUCACUCAUUAAACUACAAACUGAAGUCAAAUCCUCAUUUAGCAAUUUCACUUCCAAGACAUUACGAGCAUGUACUUCCAUUCAGUACUACUGCAAGUCCGCAACCUGUAUAUAUUCAAACGAAAAUGCCACAAAAUAUGUCCAAUCCGAUGAUGAUGAAAAUGAUGAUGAUGCCAACCCUUUUACCGUAUACUUACCAGACUGCAAGGUGGCCUCAGAAAACAACAGCCCGAUUUUUAUCACACAAUAAACAUCACUAUCCAUAUCCCAUACCUCAAUUCAGUCCCAGGCAACAGUUGAUGAUGAGUGUUAUUGCAGAUCGAAGGAUGGACAAUGAUGAAAGCGAACAUGAAACUGUUGCAUCAAUUCAGCAUCAUAAUGAGAAGAUUGAUCCAAGAAAUCGCAUCCCAAUUGGUGGUACUUUUUCUGAUGUGAUGAAAGCAAAAGAGGAUCAAGCUGGAGAAAUCAGUAUCGAAGAAGGCAUAACAGAAAUGGUGUCAGACCAGGUGGCAGAUGUAACGGAACCUAUACCAAUUGAGAAAGGUGACGAUAGAUUACCAAUCAAAUCUUUUGUUCCACCAUCGUUUGACGACGGUUUGAUUGAGAGCCAAGUUCAACCUAAAGAAGUGCUUGAACACAUUCCAAGAGCUCUCAACAGAAAGAAACGUUCUUCGGAUUCAGUGUUUGGUGUCAGACAGAAGUUUCAAGCUAUAGCAUCGUCUGACCUUGCAUUUGAUUUUAACCUAACCACUGAUAGCACAGCUACAUUGCGUGGACGAAGAGAAGAGAUUGUGUACGGUAUUUGCAUGUCUCAGACCAGUGUGAGUACAGGUGUGGGUUUCAUCUUAAUAUUAACUCUUUGCGCAAUAAUUGCAUCUGCAAUACUUUAUGCACAGCUGCAGACUGAACAACAAGACUUCACACCUUUCGUUACUAAGCAGAACUUUCAAUGGACGCUUAGAAAAUUUGUAUAA